GCAUUUGCACGCUACUCCAGCGUCACACUCGGUAAACCCGCCUACUCAGGACCGUCUUCUACCAAUCGUUCAUCUCGAGGAGCAAGUUUUUGCCUUCUUUUUCGGAAACUGAGUACCGCAAUGUCCAUCGCCAAGGCAAUCCGCCGCCUUGGCUCGGCGCCCAGCCAUGUAGGUGUAUGCUCUGCAGCAUCGACCCGAAGGUAAGGAUAUAAAACUUUUGGCCCGUAGGUGCUGCUGUUACUUCCUUACCCUACUACCUCUCACGAAACCUCCUACUCGAGCCCUCGGAGCAUUCCCUCGUUACCUACAUAUACCUAAAUCGACAAGACAACUACGGUCGUUUCCACAAAUUCAACAUGAGGUUCUCGGUCAUCACUCUUCUCGCUGCCGCUGCCGCCGUUGUAGCACAGGACACUGUCUCUGUGACUGCCGGUGGAGAGUGCGAGCCCCACGGCGACCACUGGCACUGCCCCGACGGCGUUCCAGAGCCCACUGGUGCUCCUACCCCGGAGCAGCUUGCUUCGCACUCCGCUGAGGAAGCCGCUGAGGAGGCCACUUCCGGCCCUGCCUCUACCAUCGCCUCCACUACCGUCACUGUCGUCUCAUCUGGAUCCACCAUGAUCACUGCCUCCGCAUCCCACAGCCACGAUGAUGAGGACGAUCACGACCACGAGGCCACCGCCAGCACUUGCGAGCCCCACGGCGACCACUGGCACUGCCCUGCUGGUGUUGCUGAGCCCACCACCGCUCCUGCUGAGACCGUCUCUGGCACUGCUACCGUUACCGGCGAAGACGCUGCGUCCGCUGCUGAGUCCAGCGCUCUCCCUGAGCAGACCGAGAACGCCGCUGUGGCCGUUGGCGCCGGAAAGGUCGCUGCUGUUCUUGGCGCUGCUGCUUUCUUCUUGUAAGCGCGGAUUCGCUGGGGUAGUUUGCUGAAACCCCCCCUUUUUUUUUGCGAU